AUGCUUGAUAUCCAUCGCAAAGACGCGGGCCCUAAUACAAAAAUAUAUUUCUCACACAGCAUACUACCUACAUACAUCGACCCGCAAAAUGUAUCUAUGAAGAAGAAGCCAUUCUCUGCAUUCGGUGAGCAGAAAUUCAGCUACAUCCUGGACCUGAUCUUACCUGAGGAAAUUUAUGACCUUGUACAGCACGAGCUGGACAAUGUGGACGGCGCAGCUAGAGCGCAAUAUGCCAGGAUGCACAUCAAAGUUGGCGAUCUCCUGGAAACCGAGUUUCUGAACAGCUAUAUCAAGCAGGGCAACGUUACGAUGCUGAGUGAAGGUCGUCCCCUGGUCGACAAUCGAUUUGAGCUUUACGAUGGCACGUUGCGCAUGGAGCUCAACCGGCCGACGUAUGAGCGGUGUGGCCUUCAGGGAAAGCCCAUUGAGGAUGGAGGCAAGAAACAUCAAAAGCAGCGUUGGAUCGUCGAGUAUGACUUGAAAGCUCCUUCGAUGAAGCAUGGCGGGAAAGCGUUUGGAAGGUUACAAUGGGCGUGCAAAAAUGUCCUCGAUCAAUCGCUGACUUGGCUAUUUUACAACUUCAAUCCUUCGUUUGCUGAGUCGCUGGCAGAUGGUAAGGAGGCUGUUUCAAAACACUCCCCCUGGAUCCACAAGAUCGAACCGAGCACGACAAGGCUGGACAACGUCCUGGUUCCGCAAUGCAAAAUCGGCCAUCUGGACGACUUGUACGAUGACGAAAAUGCUGUAGAUCUGCUCGAAUGGCUUCACUUGGUGGGCUUGACCUCACCUCGGAUCAAACAAGGAGAUAAUAUCGAUCCGCAUUUGUCGCGCUACGAGGUGCCAGAUCUGGGACACGGGAUCGCUGCAACAAACAUGGUAUGCGUAAAGUGGUCAGGCUUCAUUCCACCCGCAUUCAUGCGCGACUUGUUCAUCGCAAUUACAAGAGUAGCCUUCAAGGGUAGGAACAAAGCCAGGGGAGACCCAGAUAUCGAGAUGGAGGGCAACAAUGAGCCGGCGAGCGCUGUUGUGGCGAGAGCAUGGUUCGCCAUGAGUGCGCAAGCUUUCGGUGGGAAGCAGUCAUGGACGACAAUGCAUUUCCAAGGAGGGGAGACGCUAGUAUGGGAAACAGAAAGCUGA